AUGUCAGAUCCAGAUCGAUACAUUGUUGGUUGGAUAUGUGCCUUGAAGACAGAAUACGUCGCUGCCCGAGCUUUCCUUGAGAAGAAACAUGGUCGCCCGGAGACGCUUUCGCCAAAUGAUAACAAUCACUACACGCUGGGAGAAAUCGGGGGUCAUCAGGUUGUUAUUGCCAUUUUGCCAGAUGGAGAAUACGGGACAUCAUCAGCCGCUGGGGUGGCUAGGGACAUGCUCCACAGCUUUCCAAAUAUUCGAUUCGGGCUGAUGGUUGGGAUCGGUGGGGGGAUACCCACAAAACAUGACAUCCGUCUUGGCGAUAUUAUCGUGAGCUCAUCUCGAAAUGGGCGGGGCGGUCUGCUUCAAUACGACCUUGGUAAAGAGUUACAGGGGCGAGCGUUCCAUCAGACAGGGUUCUUGAACCAACCGCCACCGAUUCUGCGCACAGCCGUCGCUGGGCUCCAAGCGCAAUAUGAGGAGGAGGGCCACCAGUUAAAGGAGAGCAUUCAAGCCGUGCUUGAAGACAAUAAACGACUGAAUCGAAAAUACGCACAACCUCCCUUUGAGAAUGAUAAGCUUUUCGAAAGCCACUUCGCUCAUUCAAACUCCAAGGCAAGCUGCGAAGACUUCUGUGACAUUUCAAAGUUGAUCCAGCGACAAAAGCGAACCGACGAGGAAGAUGACCCUGCUAUUCACUAUGGCUUGAUAGCAUCUGGGAACAGGGUGAUCAAGGAUGCAACCUUCCGCGACAAGCUAGCAGUGGAGCAGGAUGCUCUAUGCUUUGAAAUGGAAGCGGCAGGAUUGAUGAACCAUUUCCCUUGCUUGGUCAUCCGUGGUGUGUGUGACUAUGCCGACUCGCACAAAAGCAAGGAAUGGCAAGGUUGGGCUGCGAUGGUGGCAGCUGCAUAUGCAAGAGACCUCUUGUAUCAAAUCAUUCCUCAGCGAGUAAAUGCUGAGCGAAAAGCCAGUGAAGUUUUGAAUGGGAUCAAAAGCCAGCUGGACGAUGUCUCCAAGGAAGUUCAUAAUCUUCAUUCAAUUACAAGCGGAGCCGCCCGAGAAGUCGAUGGUCUUGCCCAGAGUAUUGACCUGAAGGGGUUACCAAUUGCUGCAGGAGCUGAAUUCGGAACAUAUAUGGACCAACAUGAAGCAGAAUGCCUCCCAGGGACCCGAACAGAGCUUCUUGACGAUAUUCAAAAGUGGGCUGUCUCACUGGAAGGAAAAUGCAUGUUCUGGCUCAAUGGUUUGGCUGGAACUGGCAAGUCUACAAUAUCACGAACCGUCGCAAAAUCCUUUCAGAAGCAGGGGUUGCUAGGGGCGAGCUUCUUCUUUAAGAGUGGUGAAGGGGAUCGUGGCAAUGCAGCUCGGUUCUUCCCCACUAUCAUCCAGCAGCUACUUACCAGGAUUCCGGAACUACGCACUGCUAUCUUACGGGUGAUUCGGGAUAAUCCAAGAAUUUCAGCUAAGCCACUCAAAGAGCAAUUUAAUGAGCUUAUCUACAAACCACUCCACAGCUUGAAUCAAAACACACUUCGGGGCUCAUAUCUAGUGAUUGUGGUUGAUGCACUUGAUGAAUGCGACCGGGACAAUGAUAUUCAAGUCAUUCUCCAGCUCUUGCCACGUGUUCAGGAGUCAAACUCUCCAUGCUUGCGAUUUUUUAUUACCAGUCGACCCGAGUUGCCUAUCAGAUUAGGCUUCAGGACAGUAGGUCAUGACGAUCUAAUCCUCCAUGAGGUAUCCAUGCCUAUAAUGGAACGCGAUAUCUCCUUGUUCUUGGAGGACAAACUUGUUGCAAUAAGGCACGAGCGAUCCCUCUCUUCAGACUGGCCUGGCAAUGUGAUUGUUCAAACCCUUGUUACAAUGUCCGUCCCGUUGUUUAUCUUUGCUGCCACCAUUUGUCGUCUAUUUCAGGAUUACAACCUAGACCCUGAACAAUGUCUUACUGAGAUACUCAAAUAUCAGAAUCAAGAGUCAAAGCUAGAUGGAACAUAUCUUCCAGUGCUGGACCGCCUGGCUUCCAAAUACAGUGGGACAAGACAAAUGCAAUUGAUCCAGGAGGUUCGAGAAGUUGUCGGCGCAAUUAUUCUUCUUGAAAGCCCAUUGUCAGUCACAUCCCUCUCGAAGCUCAUGGGGAUCUCCGCGAUUACGAUUAAUGCCAGGCUGAACUCACUGCACUCAGUCUUGAAUAUACCAAACAAUGAGACGCUCCCAGUAAGGGUGUUUCAUCUAUCAUUCCGAGACUUUCUUCUUGACCCCAACACUCGAGAGAAAACUCCAUUCUGGGUUGAGGAGGGAGUAAUGAACCAGAAAUUGACAGCCUACUGCCUUUCUGUCAUGCGUGAUCAGCUGAAGAAGAAUAUGUGCAACUUCCAAAGUUACGGAACAGAGCGAAGGAGUAUCGACACCCGAACGAUAAAUCUUUCUUUGCCACCAGAACUGCAAUAUUCAUGUCGCUACUGGACCCAUCAUCUAGUACGAAGCAGAGAUCCCAUGAGCCAGAUCGAUAAUAUCUUGGCAUUCCUUAAAGAACACUUCCUUCAUUGGGUGGAGGUAAUGAGCAUAAUAGGUAACAUAUCAGAAGUUGUGGAAGACAUUCGUGAUUUACAGUCAUCAGUACAACAAGAUAAUAAGAAAUCUCAGAUGUCUCAGUUUCUCCACGAUGCGAAGCGGUUCAUCCUGAAAAAUACUCAGAUAGCAGAUAUUACGCCUCUUCAGCUCUAUGCUUCUGGCUUAAUAUUCGCGCCAAAAAUGGCAGUAAUCAGGAAGAAUCUUAAAAAAGAGCUUCCUCAUUGGAUACAUAGAGGCCCACGUGUGGAGGAAAAUUGGAACCCAGAAUUACAAACCCUGGAGGGCCAUUCAAAUUUCAUUCAGUCAGUUGCCUUCUCACCAGAUGGCCAGCUGUUAGCGUCCGGCUCAUGGGAUAAAACUAUCAAGCUCUGGGAUCCUGUUACUGGCACCCUCAAGUACACCCUAGAGGGCCAUUCAGCUUCGGUUCAGGCAAUUACCUUCUCACCAAAUGGCCAGCUACUAGUAUCUGGCUCUGGUGACCAAACCAUCAAAUUCUGGGAUCCUGCUACUGGCGCCCUCAAGCACACUCUGGAGGGCCAAUCAAAGGGUGGUUCACAUUAUGUUCAGCUAGUUGCCUUCUCACCAGAUGGCCGGCUGUUGGCGUUCAGCUCUCUUGAUCAAACAAUUAAGCUCUGGGAUCCUGCUACUGGAACCCUCAAGCGCACUUUGGAGCGCCGCUCUGACCCCUUUUCAGAUUUCGAUCCCCACUCAGAGGGUCAUACGGAUUACAUUCAGUCAGUUGCCUUCUCACCAGAUGGCCAGCUGUUAGCGUCCGGCUCAUGGGAUAAAACUAUCAAGCUCUGGGAUCCUGCUAUUGGCUCCCUCAAGCACACUCUAGUAGGCCAUUUAUCUACAGUUCAGUCAGUCACCUUCUCACCAGAUAGCCAGCUGCUAGCAUCUGGCUUCAAUGAUAAAACUAUCAAGCUCUGGGAUCCUGCUACUGGUGCCCUCAUAUACACACUAGUAGGCCAUUCAGCUUCAGUUCAGUCAAUUACCUUCUCAGCAGAUGGCCAGGUGCUAGCAUCUGGCUCUGAGGAUCAAACUAUCAAGCUCUGGGAUCCUGCGACUGGGACACUUAAGUACACCCUGGUGGGUCAUUCACAUUCGGUUCAGUCAGUUGCAUUCUCACCAGAUGGCUGGCUGCUGGCGUCUGGCUCUGAUGAUCAAACUAUAAAGCUCUGGGAUCCCGCUGCUGAGGCCCUCUCGCACGCCCUAGAGGAGGGCCACUCGCGCUUGGUACAGUCAGUUGCCUUCUCACCAGAUGGCAAGCUGCUGGCGUCCGGCUCUAGUGAUAAAACUAUCGGGCUCUGGGAUCCUACAACUGGUGCCCCUAUCCACAUCCUAACAGGCCAUUUACAUUCAGUUCAGUCAGUUGCCUUCUCACCAGAUGGCCAGCUGCUGGCGUCUGGCUCUAAUGAUCAAACUAUCAAGUUCUGGGAUCCUGCUAUUGGCACCCUCAAGCAUACUCUGAAGGGUCAUUCACGUCCUGUUCAGUCAGUUGCGUUCUCACCAGAUGGUUGGCUCCUAGCAUCUGGAUCUAAUGAUAAAACUAUCAGGCUCUGGGAUCUUACUACUGGCACCUCAAGGCACACCCUAAAGGGCCAUUUAGAUUGGGUUCGGUCAGUCACCUUCUCACCAGAUGGCCGACUGCUGGCGUCCAGCUCUGAUGAUAAGACUAUUAAGCUCUGGGAUCUUGCCAUCGGCGCCCUUAAGCAUACCAUAAGUACUGACGGAGUUGUUACCAAUGUUGAAUUUUCUGAGAAGCUUCCUCAUCUCAUUACCGAUCUGGGAUCUUUCAAUAUCCAAUCCCGGCAUGAAAGGUUCUCAUCAAUUUCCUCCAAAACUGAAACCAAUGUAUCCCUGCAGGAAGAUCGGUGGGUCGCUAUUAAGGGUCGAAGAGAGUUGUGGCUCCCUCCUGACUAUCAGCCCAUCUCUUUAGCAGUCAAAGAUGCUACUGUAGCACUUGGAUGUAAGAACGGCAGAGUUUGUAUGAUUGCAUUUUCUAUCUAG